AUGAUGGACCCUGAGAGUCCAGAAUAUGAAGCGUUAAAACUAGCAGAGAUAUGGCAAAAAGAGUACUGUAUCCGAAGACAAAAUAACAAUUCCAAGCAAGUUUCCGUGGAACAUUCUGAACCUCCUCCGAAAAAAAGAAGGAAGGUUAGAAUUCCGAAAACGUCACCUAAGCUGUCAAAUGAGUGUUCUAGGCAAGUUUCUCAUGAACCUUUCAAAAUAGGUGUUCAAGAACAUUCUAAACCUCCUCCACGAAGGAAAAGAAAGAAGAUAGACAAAACAGUUGGUAUACCGGAAACAUCACCGGAGCUACCGAAUGAGGGUUGCAAGCAAGUUUCUGAAGAAACUUUCAAAAUAGGUGUCCAAAAACAUUCUAAGCCUCUUCCAAGAAGGAAGAGAAGAACCGUAUACGGAAAUGUUGAAAUACUGGAAACAUCACCGAAGUUACCAAAUGAGUGUUCUACUCAACUUUCUGGGGAACCUUCCCAAACAGUUGUUCAGAUACAUUCUGAACCUGUUCCAAGAAAGAAGGAGAGCAAGUUAGAUGAAAAAGUUGGAAUACCGGAAACUUCAUCUAAGUUGCCAAAUGAUUGUUCUACACAAGCUUCUGAGAAACCUUCCCAAAUGGUUGUCCAGAUACAUUCUGAACCUAUUCCAAGAAAGAGGAGCAAGUUAGAUGAAAAAGUUGGAAUACUGGAAACUUCACCUAGGUUGCCAAAUGAGUGUUCUACACAAGCUUCUGAGAAAUCUUCUCAAAUAGUUGUCCAGAUACAUUCUGAACCUCUUCCAAGAAUUAAAGAAAUCCAGGUAGACGGAAAAGGUGGAAUACCGGAAACAUCACCAGAGCUACCGAAUGAGGGUUACAAGAAAGUUUCUGAGAAAACUUUCAAAAUAGGUGUCCAACAUUCUAAGCCUCUUCCAAGAAGGAAGAGAAGAACCGUAUACGGAAAUGUUGAAAUACUGGAAACAUCACCGAAGUUACCAAAUGAGUGUUCUACUCAACUUUCUGGGGAACCUUCCCAAACAGUUGUUCAGAUACAUUCUGAACCUAUUCCAAGAAAGAAGAGUAAGUUAGAUGAAAAAGUUGAAAUACUGGAAACGUCACCGAAGUUGCCAAAUGAAUGUUCUACGCAAGUUUCCGAGGAACCUUCCCAAGUAGUUGUCCAGAUACAUUCUGAACCUCUUCCAAGAAAGAAAGAGUUAGAUGAAAAAGUUGGAAUACUGGAAACUUCACCUAAGUUGCCAAAUGAAUGUUGUACACAAGCUUCUGAGAAACCUUCCCAAAUAGUUGGCCAGAUACAUUCUAAAGCUUUUCCAACAAAGAAAGAAAAUAAGAUAGACGGAAAAGUGGGAAUACUGGAUACUUCACGGGAGCUACCGAUUGAAUGUUCCAGGCAAAUUUCCGAGGAAAUUUUCAGGGAGGGAUACGUGUUCUAGAUGGUGGAGUGGAUGAGCAGCUUAUAUUUUGUAUUAUUUAGUUUGAG